AUGGAGCCUGUCCCGGAGACUGAGAAGCUCGAGGAGUUCCGUUCAGCACCCCUCCCUUCUCUUCGUCUACAACACUCAAACUACCACCCCCAGUCUCAGUCCUCUGAGCCCGAAUCUCCUCGGAAGCCUCCCACUAUGCGUCGCUCUACCGAUCCCUCGCCUUCUUCGCCAAUCUCCCCGACCUGGAACGCCGCCGCUCUGCCAUAUCGCCCGCGGACGACCUCGCCAUUGUCAGGCAACCAUGUCAGGUCCAAAUCAGCUGCCACUCUGGCGCCACCUCCCAUGGGUCGUGCCCAGUCCAUGCCCGGUGUGAACGGGCUCGGCCACAUCCUCAUACCACGUCCCCAGAGCCCAAAGGGCUCUCCACAACGGCAGCGGUCCUUGCGAAAACCAGUCGAUGAGAUGUACCCUCCUGCCUCGCCCACUCGCACAUCCGUCCUCCCUGAUCGACAAUUGUCAGAGAGGAACAGCUCCCCAAACCUGGGUGUCGCCACACCCCUGGUCCGCCAGCGGCGUCCUUCAUCGCCUCUUCGUCACAUACCGAGCUCCAGCACAAGCUCGCUGCCCGGCUCUUUUACAUCAUCAUCCAUUACUUCCUCCCCGAUCCAGCGACCUUACGAUCUACUGAGCGAGAGGGACGGCUAUGCAUCUUCUGGCGGCUACGCUCCAUCAUCAUCUAUGCCUUCUACGCCCAUUUCCAUGAGGUCUCGAAGCCCCAGCAUUUCCAGUUUGGAGACUAUCCCGGACUCGCCCGAUGCCGAGGAGGCUGCGCUUGAGGCAGAAAAGAUUGCUCAGCUCAAGGCUGCUGCUGAUGCCGAGGACGGCGGUGAGCCUAAGGGCCGGAGCAGCCUGGACGCUCCAGUACGCGGCCGAACGCUGAGCGGGUUUGGGACAAGAGAUAAGCGGAAGCGGUGGAGUGUUUGUGGCGCAGAGAGAAGAGGGGAUCUGGACCUGGAGACCAUCUGGGAAGAUUGA